ACUGAUAGAUUGAUAGGAGUUCUAUUUUCUUCGUUUUUUUCCUUAUAAAAGGCGCUAUUCUAUUCCAAUUGGGUUUCUCUCCAUAACAGCCUUCCAUUUCAGAGCCAGCCAGCCAGCCAGCCAGAGAGAUAUAUAGAUAGGUAGAUAGGAGGGCAAAAUUAUACCAAGUCCGUCCGUCCGUCCGGCCGGCCGGCUUGCUAGCUAAAUAUAUAUAUAUAUAUAUACUGUGCAGCAGCAGGUCAGGUCAGGUCCUUCCUGGAUCUCGCGUACCUAACUUUUUGGUACUGUGAAUUUGCUCACACAGGAGGAGGAGGAGGAGAUGAUGAAGACGACGAUGAUGGUAGAUCCCCGGUUUCUUCUGGGGUUUUUCGUGUCUUUGUUGGGCUUUGUUCUCUUGUACACCUCAACCAGCAGGAAGAAGAAGAAGAACAGACCAUCUUUCAAUUCCCCGACCACCCAAGAAAGCUACAAGACCACCUCUUUCAGUAAUCCUUCUCCUCCCACCACCGACGUCAUUAUUGUCGGAGCCGGCGUCGCCGGUGCCGCCCUCGCUUACACUCUCGCCAAAGACGGCCGGCGAGUGCACGUAAUAGAGAGGGACUUGACUGAACCGGAUAGAAUUGUCGGGGAACUUCUGCAGCCAGGAGGUUACUUGAAAUUAAUGGAGUUGGGUCUUCAGGAUUGUGUGGAUAAGAUCGACGCGCAGCGAGUGGUUGGAUAUGCUUUGUACAAGGAUGGUAGAAAUGCAAAACUGCCUUACCCCUUGGAAAAAUUCCAUUCUGAUGUGGCCGGCAGAAGCUUUCACAACGGCCGCUUCAUCCAGCGCUUGAGGCACAAAGCUGCCUCUCUUCCCAAUGUAACACUGGAAGAAGGAACUGUAACAUCUCUGGUGGAAGAAAACGGGACUGUAAAGGGAGUGCAGUAUAAGAGAAAGAACGGGCAAGAGGAGGAAUUCAAAGCCGCCUACGCACCUCUUACAAUUGUUUGCGAUGGUUGCUUUUCCAAUUUGAGGCGCUCCCUAGUCUGCAAUCCCAAGGUGGACGUGCCUUCUUGUUUCGUUGGGUUGGUGCUGGAGAAUUGUCAGCUGCCGUUCUCAAAUCACGGCCACGUUAUUCUGGCAGAUCCCUCGCCCAUCUUGUUCUAUCCCAUCAGUAGCACCGAGAUUCGCUGUCUGGUUGAUGUGCCUGGCCAAAAGGUGCCUUCCAUUUCCAACGGCGACAUGGCUACGUACUUGAAGACGGUGGUGGCUCCUCAGGUGCCACCUCAACUGCACGACGCCUUCGUAGCGGCUAUCGACAAAGGGAACAUAAAGACGAUGCCCAACCGGAGCAUGCCGGCAGCUCCUCAUCCCACUCCGGGCGCGCUUCUGAUGGGAGACGCCUUCAACAUGCGGCACCCCUUGACCGGCGGAGGCAUGACCGUGGCUCUGUCGGACAUCGUGGUGCUAAGGGAUCUUCUCAGGCCAAUACGGGACCUCAACGACGGGGCCGCCCUGUGCAGCUAUCUGGAAUCCUUCUACACCUUGCGGAAGCCGGUGGCGUCCACCAUAAACACCCUGGCGGGGGCGCUCUACAAGGUGUUCUGCGCGUCGCCAGACCAGGCAAGGCAAGAAAUGCGCAGGGCCUGCUUCGAUUAUCUGAGCCUGGGGGGAAUAUGUUCCAAGGGGCCGGUGUCGCUGCUUUCGGGGCUCAACCCUCGGCCCCUGACGCUGGUUAUGCAUUUCUUCGCGGUGGCUAUAUAUGGGGUGGGGCGGUUGUUGGUGCCGUUUCCAUGGCCCAAGCGAGUAUGGCUGGGAGCCAGACUGAUAUCGGGCGCGUCGGCCAUCAUUUUUCCAAUUAUAAAGGCCGAGGGAGUCAGGCAGAUGUUCUUCCCUGCGAUGGUUCCCGCAUAUCACAGAGCAUGGAGCAAGAGCAGGAGCAAGACCUCCUCCUCCUCCUCCCCCCUACAGUAACUAAACUAAUAAAAAUUAAUACUAAUUAAUAAUUUUGGCAUUCCUGCCUCAAAUCAUGCUGGACAAUCAAUAUAUAUUAAGAAAAUAAAUGAUAUAUAUAUAAAUCAAAAAAGGAUCAAUGCAAAUAGGUAGCUAGCUAGGUACGAGGUCGGUCUAAUGGGUCCAUGUCUCAUCAAUCUCUCUCUCUCUCUCUCUCUCUAAACUAUAAUAAUAUAUACUAUAUAUCAUUAAGUUUCUUAAACAAAUCAAGUGUAGAUAAUUAAUAAUUUAUAUAUACAUGAUGCAUGGAUCCAUGUUUUCUAGCUAGCCAGCCAUUUAUAUAUGUAUCAACAAAAUGCGUUUGUGUUGUACGCUUGGAAUAUGAAUUAAUACUUAUAUGAUGAUGAAUUGUUGUUUGGUGA